GAGCAGCUCAGCUCUGCUUUGAUUUUCAGUGUGAGACUGUAUCAGGUUGCGCUCAGGAGAGGCUGGAGGUCACAUUAUCAUCUGGUUAUGACUGAACGAUGGUCUUUGCUCAUUAUACGGAUGACAUACACUGAAGUGAAAGAGGACAUUCAUUCACACAUUUUCACUCGCUCAGUAACAUCAGACGUCACAUUCUGAGGAAGGCUACAGACUGCUGUUUUUUUGUCUUGAAGAGUUGAAGAAGGUGUCAGGUGUCAAUUAGGGUGGACUGCUUGAUAACUGAUCAGUUCUACACAGAAGGAGCAGCAGGUUGAGCUGCAAAGAGGGAGCGACAGGUGGAGCUGUGGAGAGAGCGACAGGUUGAGCUGCAGGAGAGAGUGACAGGUGGAGCUGUGGAGAGAGCGACAGGUUGAGCUGUGGAGAGAGCGACAGGUGGAGCUGUGGAGAGAGCGACAGGUUGAGCUGUGGAGAGAGCGACAGGUGGAGCUGUGGAGAGAGCGACAGGUUGAGCUGUGGAGAGAGCGACAGGUGGAGCUGUGGAGAGAGCGACAGGUGGAGCUGUGGAGAGAGCGACAGGUGGAGCUGUGGAGAGAGUGACAGGUGGAGUUGUAGAGAGAGCGACAGGUAGAGCUGCUAACAGACUGACAGGUGGAGCUGCGAAGAGAGCGACAGGUAGAGCUGUAGAUAGAGCUGCAAAGAGAGCGACAGGUAGAGCGACAGGUAGAGCUGCAGAGAGCGACAGGUAGAGCUGCAGAGAGAGUGUCGGGUGAGAGCUGAAGGUGUGUACUGUCCACUGAUCAGGUGCUUGUGAUGUGCAGCAUGUCUGACAGAGGUCACAGUGCAGUUAGAGAUGUAAUGGAACGCUGUCCUCAGGUGUUUGUGGUGGACAAUCAGGCACAGGGUCCUCACACCCCAUGUCGGGUGCCCGUCAAACUGGACACCAAGAGACUGUCUCUGAUCUACCUGCUGCUGGCUGUGGCUCUGCUGAGCAUCUUCAUAGAGGCCGGAUUCAUCUACCAUCUUUACAACAGACCUGCGGUGUCGACAGAUAUCCAAAAACUGGAAUAUAGUAAAGGAGAGAAGAAUUCAUAUCCCAGCAGUUCUCAUGAUUUGAAUGGAAAAACCCCUAAAGAUGAGAAGCCUGCAGCAUUUCUGCAAGGCUCUUCACCUCCAUCAGGAGCCAAUGGCGUGCUUCACUGGAGAUCCGACAGCUUUCCUGGGUUUUUUAGGGGCCUGGAUUUUAAAAACAACAGUCUUUAUUUUCAGCAGGAGGGAUACUAUUACAUCUUUUCCAAAAUCUUCCACCUGCAAAAAUGUAAUUUCUUCAAACAUCAGAUCAUGCUCUGUUCAGAGAGAUACAACUACCUGCCCAUAGAGCUCAUUCAAAACUCCAGGUAUGUCUGCAUCUCCGAGAAAACUCAGUUGAAAGAAAACAGUUACUUGGGUGGGAUCUUCCACCUGAAUAAAGGUGACAGUGUGUUUGUUCAGGUGAAUAACCGCUCGCAGGUGCCCACCAGCAACAACUACUUUGGUGCCUUCAUUAUCUAAGUACAAAUAACAAAUACACACACACACAAACACACACACACACACACACUCACAGACUCACACACACACACACACACCCCACACACACACACACUCACACACACAUACACCCACACACACACACACACACACACACACACACAAACACACUCACACACACACAACACACACACACACACACACACACACACACACUCACAGACUCACACUCACACACACACACACACACACACAGACUCACACUCACACACACACACACACACUCACACACACUCACACACACACACACACACACACACACACACACACACACACACACAAUUGUUUUCGCUCUCAGGUUCUCAAUUGGGCUUUAAAUAUCAUUAAGGUAUUUUGCUAUUUUUUUGUUUGUUUGUGUAUUACUAAAAUGUGUAUAGUGUUGUAGGCCACACUGUUCAUACAGGUAUCAGUUUAUCAACUGAUAAAUGAAAGUAUUUAUAAUGAAGGCAGAUUUUAACUGAAGGUUUUAACGAUGUUCUCAGGACAGGCCAACGCAGUUUUCUACUUGAUAUUCAUGUCAGCUCAGGGCAAGCGGUCACAUUUUUACUGGAACAAGAUGUCAUGUGUUUUAAAUGUUAUUAAUGUAAUCAAUUUAAUAAUUUCAGUAUUUUUUUAUAUAUAAAACAAUGGUUUAUUUUUUUGUACAUUACAUUUUGCUGUUGUGUUUUGUAACUGUUUUGCUGUUUAAACUUUGCUAGCAAAUGAUGUUGAUAUGAGCUAGGCUAGCUAUUAUCUUUGCUGACUGUGAUCUUUAUCUGACUCAAACUUACUGUGGUAAUCUGUCAUAUAUUUAAUCAGUGACUGAUUCCUUAUGAAAGACUAGGACUCUGACACUGAGAUUAUUUAUAAAGUCAUAAUGUAUGUGUCCGCAUCUUAACUACUGAAAUGUGCUUUUAAUGAUGUGUGAAAAUAAUAAAAAUGCUGAAUGUCAUUUCUAUUGAAUCACUUGAGAUAUCAUGCUUGCACAAUGUGUCUUCAUUUUCUCUAUCGUUUUCAACCUCUAAAAACAGUGUUGCAGAUAGCAAGACAGUGAUGGAGAGAUAGACAGAACAGUGGAGGGAGAGACAGGAUGUGGUGAGACAAGGUGGAAUAAGUUAGAAAUGGGACACACACACACAUCGGUUUAUUUUUGAGGGAGGUUGUUGCAUUUUCCUGACUCAGCGCAUUUAUGCAUUCACGACGGAAGUUUCCAAAAACCUGCAGUGACCACAAACAAAUGAAACAACUCGCUUUUUAUGUUCUGGCCUGUUUCUUUCCAUCUAAAAAAGUUAGAAAGAUAGACUGAGUUAAAGCAAUAAGAAAGUGUUUUUUUCAGCUCACUUUUAACACUGUGAUCCUGACGCCGUUGUGAAUAUAACGUAACGACAGGUGUCAGUAGUGAUUACUAGCGCUGUGAAACUCUGGACUCAGAGAUUGAUUUAUGAA